AUGAAGUGCAGGAAGAUGCUGGAGGACCUAACCGUCCGACUCCCCAUGAUGGAUGCGAUCCAGAUGAUGCCCUCCAUGCGCAGCUUUAUGAAGGGAUUGAUCUCAGGAAAAGUAUCAGAGGAGAGCGAAUUCAUGACAGGUUCUAAGGAGUGCAGCGUAGUGCUUCAGAACAGGCAGAUAAAGAAGCGAGGAGACCCCGGCAAGUUCGACCUCUCUAUCCAGAUUGGGAAGACAGGUUUUGCAUGCUCCUUGGUUGAUCUUGGAUCCAGCGUGAACCUCAUGCCUUACUCUGUAGCGCGACGUCUAGGAUACACGCAUUUCAAACCAACUAAGAUGUCCUUAGUCUUCGCGGAUAGAUCAGUCAAAUCCCCAGUUGGUAUACUAGAGGAUCUCCAAGUAAAAGUCGGAAACACCUCUGUUCCCGCAGACUUCGUUGUUCUGGAGCAAGAAGAAGAGUCUAAAGAUCCUCUCAUCUUGGGAAGACCAAUCCUAUGUAUUGUUGGAGCCAUCAUUGAUGUGCGACAAGGGAAGAUUGAUCUGAAUCUUGGGGACAUAGUCAUGCAAUUCGAGAUGGAUGAACUACUAAAAAAGCCGAUGUUAGAUGGGUAG